AUGGUUCCGGGACUCCAUCCACUGGGAUACAAAGAUAUACCAUUUAUUGGCCUCACAACACAACAAAGCAUGAAAUUGACAACAUUGUUCUCCUCAAAAACACUCCCGGUUGCUUUCAUAUGGAACACCAUCGAAUUUAUUGAACAAUCAGCACUAACCCAGAUCCGCCAUCGCUACCAAGUUCCAGUUUUUACCAUCGAUCCAUUACACAAAACAUCACCAACCCCUUCCGAUAGUUUUCUUGAAGAAGAUACCAAUUGCAUUUCAUGGAUAGAUAAACAAUCACUCAAAUCAGUAAUUUACGCAAAGGUAGGAAGCUUAGCAACCAUGGAUGCAAAAGUGGCAACUGAAAUGGCAUGGGGCCUAGCCAAGAGUAACCAGCCGUUCAUAUGGGUGGUUCGAUCGGGUUCGGUUCAUGGGUGUGAUUGGAUCGAGUUUUUGCUGGAGGAUUUGGUAAGUGAGAUGUAG